UGUAUAAAUGUCUCUCAUUGCCCUGAUGGAGCCAGUGUUUACUGAAGAUGGCAUUCAGAGAAACAAACACUUUGCUCUUAGCAUUAAUUUGGAUGACAGUUUUCAGAGUCUCACUUGGGAGUCAUCACUUUACACCGCGGAUCAAAGUGAACAGAGAAAAUGGAGCUUUUCUUACAUUAAGCACAUCAAAUGGACACGUGAUGGGUAACCUGACAUUGAUCCAGGAUUCUCACAGAGUAAAUAUCUAUGCCGGAGGACCUCAGGGCCUGUUCAUGUUCGAUCCAAGAAUAAAACAUCCAACGCUGAAGAAGGUGAAAUUGCCCAUAUUUGAACCUGAAUGCCUGAACAACCCUACUAAUUGUGAAUAUGAAAUCUCCAUGCUGAAAGAGGGGAGGAAUGGAAAUCCACUGUUCCUGUGUGGGACCACAGAACAUCACACAAACUGCUGUGAUGUACAUUUAGGACUUUCUAGUUUGGAGCACAAGCUGGUGAACUGCUUCAUCAUGAAGUAUCCAACACACAUCAACGAGCCGUCUGUUCAUGUUGAUGAUUCUCUAUAUUACACGAUCUCACGUCUGGACCCAAAUAUUCCCAGUGGCCUCUACAGAGAGACCAGAGAUGAAUACAUCUGGCCGCUGGCAAGACAAAUCGAGCAGAAGCAUGUAAAAAUCUUAGCAAAUAAAGGGAAUGGAUCACUGGAUGGAAAAGUCUACUCCUUCUACAUAGAGCAAAACCAGAACCAGAACUUGGACCUGCCUCACUGGAUACCUCGAGUUUCUCAGAUCUGCAUGGCAGAUCUCGGUGGCAGUAGAGCAAUACUACAGUUCCGCUGGACAUCCAUGCUGACCGCACGCCUGUUCUGUGGAGAUGAGAAGAAGCGUCUCUCGUAUACCGAGCUGCUGGACGUUGCUGUGCUGGAAGCUACGGCAUGGGAAAACACCAUGAUUUACGCCCUCUUCAAAAAUACCUACAACUUGAGAGCCGUGUGCGUUUACAAAAUGUCCGACAUCAUUCACGUCUUCACGAACAACACAUUCACAGCUGAGAAGGAGACUUUUUCUUCACCUCUUCCCGGAGAGUGUGUACCAAACAGUCCUUUGUUACCGACAAAAAUUCUGAAGUUUAUGGAAAGUCUCCCUGAGCUGAAGCAGUGGAUUAAACCUGUACGAGACCCUGUGGUGUUCAAGAACAACUAUCACUACACACACCUCCAGGUGGACACACUUGUGAACAGGAAGUCAGGAAAUAGCCAUCAUGUCCUCUUCAUGAGUCUCAACAAUGGCAACGUACAUAAAAUCCUGGUGCAGGAGGACGAACCCUUCAUCAUCGCCGAGUACAAGCUCUUUAAAUCCAGGACACACAUCUCCAGCAUGCUGCUCGACAGAGUAACAAAAAAGCUCUUUGUGAGCUCCAGCACUGAGGUGGUCCAGAUUGACCUGUCCAACUGCAGCAUGUACGGGAAAGACUGUAAGUCGUGUGUCAUGGCCCGGGACCCGUAUUGCAGCUGGGACUCGGAGGAGUGUUCAGCUGAUAAUAGAUCCUUAAUACAAGAUGUAACCCAUGGAAGCCACACGACAUGUGAUAAUGGUUUCCCCAAAACCAACCACAAAGAAGUCAAAACAGACGUCCCUGAGAGGGUCCCUCAAUACUCUAAAUACUACCUUAAAUGUCCAGUUGAAUCCUAUCAUGCCUCAUAUUCAUGGCACCACCAGGGCAGUAGGAAGGACUGCGUCUCAACGGAACAUGACUGCCUUUUGUUGAUCGACAGCAUGAGCGAAAAGGACGAAGGCGAUUAUCAGUGCAUCGCUUCAGAGAACGGCUACCAGAAGACGGUGGUCCAUCAGAAGCUGCAGAUGAACGGCGCCUCUGAGACCAGAGCGACUCCAGUAGCUUUAGCCUGCCUUCUGUUCCUGAUCUCUGUGAUCUGCUAGUGCUGUUCCUGUGUUUUGGGGACUGAAAUACAUACGAAUAAACACAAAACUCAGAAGACCCUAGUCCUGGAUGAGUAGACUGAACCAGACCAUGUGCUUUUCUGAUACUGAGAUUCUUCCUGUAUACACAAGUGUUACCACAUCAUCCACUUCUUCCUUGCACUCGAUGUGUGUGACUCGACUCAUAAAGCCCACAGAAUGACCAAUACUUCCACAGGUUUCCACAAGAACAGAGAAAAAUACAAUUUUACACCAUCACAAACUGUAAAAUCAUGUAUAUAGUUUCAACAGUGUUGCAAGUUAUAAUGAACCAUUAACAGCAUUUGCACUUUGUAGUUUAAUUAGAUUAGUUUUUCUAUUUUUGUAAGACCAUCAGUUACAAAGCGUAUGAAUGUCUCUCACAUGAACCUCAUCAGGAUUUAUUUAUGAUUUAAUAUUUUGGAUGGACAGACGUUUUCUCAACCCAGCGAUGAUUCUGAGAUGUUUGUGAGUCCAGAGCACAUCUCUAACAUCUGUUGGUGUGAGUUGUGAUGAGGAGGAGUAGAUGAUGAUGAAGAGGUGCAGCAUGGGAAAUAUCUUCAUGGAAAGCAGAUUGAGUGUAUCGGAUGGAGAAGGAACUUUCCUCUUACUUGAGUUAAUUACUUGAGCUAAUUCUUCUUAGCUGCGUACACUCAAUAAAACAACUCAACAAUCUCUGCUA